UAUAACUUUGUUUUAAUAGUUCAACUAAAUCCUGUGCAUUUGGCAGUAUUUUAAGCAGCAUAAACCAACACAAUGCCACCGAAAAAGCAUGAAGAACCCGAACGUAAACCACUAAUUGGUCGCAUUGGCACAAAUCUACGCAUUGGUAUCGUUGGUGUACCCAAUGUUGGCAAGUCAACGUUCUUCAACGUACUGACCAAAAGUGCUGCACCAGCGGAGAACUUUCCUUUCUGCACAAUCGAUCCAAAUGAGAGUAGGGUACCAGUGCCAGACGACCGCUUCGAUUUUCUGUGUGACUAUCACAAGCCGGUCUCGAAGGUGCCUGCCUUCCUCAAUGUGGUCGAUAUUGCCGGUCUGGUGAAGGGAGCGUCUGAAGGUCAAGGUCUUGGCAAUGCCUUCUUAUCGCACAUAAGCGCCUGCGAUGCUAUUUUCCAUUUAUGUCGUUCUUUCGAAGAUCCUGAUGUAACUCAUGUAGAAGGUGAAGUAGACCCUGUACGUGAUUUAGACAUCAUUUCCGAGGAAUUACGUCUAAAAGAUGAAGAGAAGUUACUGCAGAAUUUAGAUAAAUUAGAAAAGGUAGUUGCACGUGGUGGUGACAAGAAGCUCAAACCCGAAUACGAUGCAAUGUUAAAGAUUAAAGGCAUUUUAGUUGAUGAGAAAAAGCAUUUACGAUUUGCUGACUGGAAUGCACAUGAUAUUGAAACACUCAACAAAUAUAUGUUCCUUACAUCGAAACCAGUCAUUUACUUGGUAAAUUUAUCAGAGAAAGACUUUAUUCGCAAAAAGAACAAGUGGCUACCCAAAAUAAAAGAGUGGGUGGAUAAGUAUGAUCCCGGCGCAGUUAUAAUUCCAUUCUCUGGAGCAUUUGAGCACACAUUAGCUGAGAAAGAUGAUCUCGAGCGCAAGCAAUAUGAAGAGGAAGUCAAAUGCAAGAGUCAGCUGGACAAAAUAAUUGUUACUGGCUACAAAGCUUUACAGCUAGAGUACUUCUUCACAGCCGGACCAGAUGAAGUCAAGGCAUGGACUAUUCAGAAAGGAACAAAGGCUCCACAAGCUGCUGGACGUAUUCACACCGAUUUCGAAAAGGGUUUUAUUAUGGCUGAAGUAAUGCAUUUCAUUGACUUCAAAGAAGAAGGCUCAGAGGCUGCUGCCAAAGCAGCUGGUAAAUAUCGCCAACAGGGCCGUAACUACGUCGUUGAAGACGGUGAUAUAAUUUUCUUCAAGUUUAACGCCGGUGCUGGUCUAAAAGAUGCUAAGAAAAAAUGAUACUGUGUAUUUAUACUACUGUUUGCAAUGUUUUACAUAAAUUUAAUAAUGUAUUCUCAAAGUUUUCUAUUUGCUUGAAUUUGUAAUUUUGGCUAACUAUAUUCAUAAAAGUAUAAAAUAUGCUGGACAUUUGAAAUUUUUGAUUAAACAUUGCCCUAAGGCGAGGGGGAAACUAGCAGUUCUAA